AUGAUCAUAGUGCAUGCCACGGCAAGAAAUGUGCCCGAUAAUAUUAUUAAGGAGCAGGAGCAGUCGACGCAGAUCACUAAAUCUGCAGGGGAGGAUAAUACUAAUAUUAUUAUUGCUGCACAUGAUGAUGAAAUUAGUAAUACAAAAAAACCAGCACUAAAGCUCAAGGACAAGAAGUGCAUCGUGGGCGGAUUCGUUGGAGUUGGCGCUGCGGCCGGGGUUGGAGCAGUGAUCCCACUCGUUGGCUUACCCAUGGGAGGAGGAGGAGGGCUCGGUGGAACUGGUGGUGGAGCUGGAGGGCUUGGUGGCUUAGGAGGAUUGGGCAAACUUGGCGGAGGAGCAGCUGCUGGAGGCAGACUUCAUCAUCCUUAA